AUGCCUGGUAGAACAUUGCCCACCAUUCCUCAGGCCGACGUCGCCGCGCAUAACACCUCCAAGUCCUGUUAUGUCACUGUCGGCACAAAGGUCUACGACAUUACUCCUUUCCUCGAGGAUCAUCCCGGCGGCGGCGACCUGAUUGUUGAUUAUGGCGGCAAGGAUGUCAAGGACAUCAUGGACGACACGGCUUCCCAUUUCCACUCGGAAUCUGCCUGGGAGAUUCUGGACGACUACCUCGUCGGCUUUGUUGCCACUGAGCCUGUCAUGAAGUCCGUCACCAAUAGCACCCACCCAGCCGACAUUGUACCCCUUCCGCCUUCAGAGGCUGGCGCCGAGCAGCUGCGCAAAGACGGCGUCAACCAGCCCUUGUACGAGAACACUGGAAUGUCUUGCGAAGAAGACUUGUCUAAAGAGACGGAUGCUUCAUCUGAUUACCGCACACACAAGUUCCUCGACCUCAACAAGCCUCUCUUGAUGCAGGUAUGGAGGGGUGGUUUCACCAAGGAUUUUUACCUUGAACAAGUCCACCGUCCCCGUCACUACAAGGGUGGAGACAGCGCCCCUCUGUUCGGCAACUUCCUCGAGCCCCUGAGCAAGACGCCCUGGUGGGUUGUACCUACCGUUUGGGUGCCUCCCGUCGCCUACGGCACCUACCUCUCCAGUCAAGGACUUUCCACUGUUGGUCUUACUUCCUACUGGAUCACUGGCCUCUGCAUCUGGACGCUGGUCGAGUACGUCUUGCACCGCUUCCUGUUCCAUCUGGACCAAUACCUACCUGACAAUCGCGUUGGCCUUACUCUGCAUUUCUUACUUCACGGCAUUCACCACUACCUACCUAUGGAUAGACUGCGUCUGGUUAUGCCACCAACACUCUUCCUCGUUCUCGCCACACCCUUCUGGUAUCUCGCACACGCUGUCUUUUUCUACGACUGGAACGCUGCCACUGCGGUUUUCUGUGGUGGUAUUUUUGGAUACAUUUGCUACGAUCUGACGCAUUACUUCUUGCAUCACAAGACCCUCCCUGCUUACUGGCGCGAGCUGAAGAAGUACCACUUGGCGCACCACUUUGCCGAUUACGAGAACGGCUUUGGUGUCACCAGCCGCUUCUGGGAUUGGGUGUUCAAGACCGAGCUGCCCAUGACCCCACCCAAGGUCAUCAAGACGUCGUAA